AUGGUGGAUGGGAGUCCCGGCAAGACGAGGUUCGUAACCGCGGACCUCGGGGGGACCACCUGCGUCAAAGCGCUGCAGGGCCAUAGCAGUGCCACCGGAGUUUCAGUUCAGGAACUAUAUCCUCGAGCAGAUCACGAGCAUUUCACUGAAACGUACGGGCCCAACAACGUGCCGGACUUGAUGCUCGCGCACGGGACUUUCGGGCGACACGUUGAGAGUAUCCGGAGCGGUGGUUUGUUGCCUGGUGGAGGCACUACGGAUCGUCAGACGACGCAUUUUGCCCUGACCACGCGAGGUGCUUUCUUGUACCCGUUGAAUCUCAUGCGGAGGAGUGCGGACGUUGUGCUGGUUGCAUCUUUGGAGGCGAUCCUUCGGAGCGGUAUCACUUUGUACUGCGGAGCAGAAGGAGUUUACCUUACAGAUCAAGCAGUGGAUCCUGGCCAGCUUAGUGCGUGGAGCGUACUUACGGGAGGGCGCCAAGGAGAUCUUCUUUUUGGGAGUGCCGAUCGCGGCCUGAUUGUGCGGCCGGAUAGGCAGGAAUCCAUCCAGAGGUUAGGGCCUCUGAACCGUAGCUUCUCGCAAAGCAGCCAGGGUGGGUUGACGGGGCCUGGAGUUAAGCAGUACCUCAGUGCGCUUGCUGCUUACUCUGCCCGGUAUCAGGGGAAGGCUCCGGCGGCUAGAGCUCAAAGGGGACUGCUGCUGGAGCAGUCUAUGAUGUGCCUGCCAUUUCCCCGACCGUGGCUGAGUUCCGGGCGGAACAAGUCCGUGAGCGGGCGGGAGCCCCUAGAGCUCCGCCUGCGAGAUCCGCGAAGGCGGGAGCAUCAGAAGCUCCGCCCGCGAAGCUCUGCCGCGGUUCCGGAAGAAGAUGAUGAAAUUGCUCCGCCGCCGUUGCCGGCACCGGCGGAACCGCCGACCGGAUAUGUGUCUCUCGACGACGAGGAGUCCGUUGAGAUCGAGGCUGAAGAGCAGGAGCCGAUCAAGGAGUCGGUCCGGGCCAGUGGAACCGGUGAGAGCUGUGGUGAAACCGAAGGCCACUCCGCCAUGGAGGAGACCGGGAGGACGAAGAUGAUGACAUUCGGCCACAUCCUGAGUCGGCCGGCGCGAGCGGCCGAGGACCAGCAGGUGAACAUGUUCGGAGCACCGAGAGGCGGCAUCGAGAGUCCGCGCGGGCCGAAGCUUUGGAAGAGCUUGCUGCAGGCCGCGGUUGGGACUGCCGCCAAUGUGGCGGAAGGAACGUCAAAGCACGGCUGA